CAAAACUCAUCACCAUCUUCUCAAAAUCACAAAUCAUGAAAACUGCUUCAAUCUCAACUCUCUCUUUCUUUCUUCUCCUCAUCUGCUUAUCCUCAUCCACAGCUUCUGCAGAUAGCCAUGACAAUUUCCUACAAUGCCUCUCCCAACAAUUCCAAAACUACUCCUCCAUUUCCAACGACGUUUACACUCCUGCAAACUCAUCAUACACUCCCAUCCUUCUAUCCGCCAUCCGAAACACGAGAUUCGCGUCGGAAUCUACUCCGAAGCCGCAGGUGAUCAUAACCCCGGAGCACGAAUCCCAGAUCCCGCCCGUCGUAGCCUGCGCCAGACGGAGCGGUCUGGAGAUCAGAACUCGAAGCGGUGGCCACGACAUGGAGGGACUGUCUUACGUGUCACAGGUCCCGUUCGUGAUCGUUGACUUGGUCAACCUCAGCGACGUCGCAGUCGACAUCGAGGAAAAAACCGCGUGGAUCGGAGCGGGCGCAACGACGGGUUCCGUGUACUACAGGAUCGCGGAGAAAAGCCCGGUUCUCGCGUUCCCUGGCUCCAUCUGCACCACAGUGGGCGUCAGCGGCCACUUCAGCGGAGGCGGCUACGGCCCACUGAUGAGGAAACACGGCCUCGCCGCGGAUAACGUGAUCGAUGCGAGAAUAAUUGACGUGAACGGCAGGAUCCUCGACAGGAAAUCAAUGGGCGAGGAUCUUUUCUGGGCGAUCAGAGGCGGCGGGGGCGCCAGCUUCGGCGUGAUCGUGGCCUGGAAGGUACAACUGGUGGAUGUUCCAGAAACCGUCACUGUUUUCUCCAUCAUCAGGCCGUUGGAGCAGAACGCGACGGAUUUGAUCCGUCGCUGGCAAUACGUGGGGCCUGAAGCCGACAGAGAUCUUUUCGUCGGUGUCUACAUGUUCAGGGUUAACUCCACCAUCCAAGCCAACUUCUUCUCCCUCUUCCUCGGCGGCGCAGACAGAUUAGUUGCAGUGAUGCGAGAAACCUUCCCCGAGCUAGGGCUAACAAGAGAAGAGUGCCAAGAAAUGAGCUGGGUUCAAUCCACCCUAUUCCUCAACCAAGGGCAGCAGGAGCCGCUCGAGGUCCUGCUGAACCGGACUCAACCCGGUCUAAGACAGCUCAAGACAAAAUCCGACUACGUGCAGACGCCCAUGUCGGAGGGCGCCUUCGACGGCAUCGUGAGAAUGCUGCACGAGCCGGAGGCCGACGAGACGCUGAUGUACAUGGUCCCAUACGGCGGGAGAAUGGACGAGAUUCCAGAAUCUUCCACUCCGUUUCCACACAGAGCCGGCAACUUGUACAUGAUCGCCAGUUUAGUAUAUUGGCAAGACGACGAGGCUCAAGAUACGGAAAGGUACCUGAGUUGGAGCAGAAGGUACUACAGUUACAUGACUCCUUACGUCUCGAGCUCGCCCAGGCAAGCGUAUCUGAACUACAGAGAUCUCGACGUCGGAGUGAAUAACCCUAACGGGGAGACGAGCUUCGCGAGAGCCAGCGUUUGGGGAAGGAAAUAUUUCAAGAAUAAUUUCGAUCGUCUCGUGAAGGUUAAAACGGUGAUUGAUCCGACCAAUUUCUUCAAGAAUGAACAGAGCGUUCCACCGUUGCAUUCUAAGUGGACUUAGAAAUGGAGUCAGCGCCUGAUUAAUUUCUCGCAAUAACUGCUUGUUAGCUUGAUUGUUUUGAUAUUUUUUUAUGUUUAUUUACUAUCUUUGUACUUAAUUAAAAUAAUAAAAUGUGUUAUUUAUUUUUU